UCGCCUACUGCACAACACUACACGCUACGUCACAUGCAGGAGGCUCUGGCGGCACAGAACCUGCCCCCCGCCUAGUUUGCACGUCACCGACACCAACAGAGAAGAGGGGCUUGCAAGCACCGUUGAUAUUUUAGGUGCAUCGCGAACACGCAGAUCCAGGGGAAGACGACGUGGCCGUGCCGCAGGCGGAAUCCUAAUCAUGGGUGCCGUGCUGCAGCCCUGAAGGCAAUAUGAAGCGCAAGAGCGAGAGGAGACGAGCGGAGUCGAGGAGAAAGAAGUGCUGCGCAGCCCAGCACGGCUCAGAGGCGGAGCCAAUCUCGGAUAUUUACAUUGAGAUUUCAGAUCAAUUGUAUUUCGCCAUCCUUCAACAAAAGAUCAAAAGUACGACAGAGCGGCACUGCUUCUGCAUAGACGAAGAGCUGGCAUAUGAGAAUUUCUACGCAGACUUUGGCCCCCUCAACCUGGCUAUGUUUUAUCGCUUCUCUUGCAAGUUGACAAAGAAGCUCAAGUCCAUUACGCUUUCGAGGAAGAAGAUUGUAUUUUACACCUGCGGUGACCAGAAGAAACAAGCCAACGCUGCCUACCUGAUUGGCUCAUAUGCAGUAAUGUACUUGAACAUGAUGCCAGAGGAGGCCUACAGUCUGCUGGUGGCAAAGAACCGCACGUACAUUCCAUUCAGAGAUGCCUCGUUUGGAACCUGCAUGUACAAUCUGAGCAUCCUGGACUGCCUCCGUGCUGUCCACAAGGCCCUGCAUUACGGCUGGCUUGACUUCUCCGACUUUGACGUGGAGGAAUACGAGCACUACGAGAGGGCAGAAAAUGGAGAUUUGAACUGGAUCAUUCCGGGAAAGUUUCUCGCCUUUAGCGGGCCUCAUCCCAAAAGCAAAAUCGAGAACGGCUACCCUCUACAUGCGCCCGAGGCCUACAUUCCUUACUUUAGGAAGCACAACAUCACCAGUGUUAUCCGGCUCAACAAAAAAAUGUAUGACGCCAGGCGCUUCACCGACUCGGGCUUUGAACAUCAUGACCUAUUUUUUGUGGACGGGAGCACGCCCAAUGACGCCAUUGUCCGAAAGUUCCUCAAUAUCUGUGAGAACGCAGAAGGAGCCAUUGCCGUCCACUGCAAAGCUGGUCUAGGGCGAACCGGCACUCUGAUUGGCUGUUACAUGAUGAAGCAUUACUGCAUGACUGCGCCGGAGGUCAUCGCUUGGAUUCGGAUCUGCCGUCCAGGGUCCAUCAUCGGGCCUCAACAGAACUUUGUUGAAGAGAAACAGAACAGUCUGUGGGCAGAAGGUGAUGUCUUCCGGGAGAAGAUGCUAAACGAAAAGAAGAAUGGUAAACUGGCCGUGACCAGAAUCCUCUCUGGAGUUGAUGACAUAACCAUUAAUGGCAGCAACAAGAUCAGGACAUCCAAGAAAGGAGCGACGGAAAUGUAUAAUGACGACGACGAGCGGAAUGGCUUGACCCAGGGUGACAAACUACGAGCCCUGAAGAGCAAGAGGCAGGUCAGAUCCUCUAGCUCAUUAUCGCAGGAGGAGAAUAAGAUUCACACCAGGUCAGCAUCGCAGUCUCUCAACAGGGCCGUCCUUCAGGCCAGCGUACAGAGCUGUAAAACGGGCAUCAACUCGAUGGCUCUUUCAGACCCCUCAGACACCAGAAAGAGGACCCGGACCUCACUGCCCGCCAGUGGGGUAGCAUGCAGCUCCUCCUGUCACAGUCCACUGGUCAACUUGCAUGUAGUGGCCAGCAACAGGGAACCAGUGUGUUGUGAGCCCUGUGGCGGCCAUAGCGAUGCCACCAACACGUGCACUCCCGUCAACUUAAACGUGGCGCACUUGCAGAGCCUCCGCCGCCGCCUCCAGACGACGUAAAGCUCACCAUGCUUUGCAAUCUGAACGAUUUUCUAAACUGUGUCACUCCAUACCUAAAGCAAGAGCUCCUCUACUACGGUGAACCUGCAGCUGUGGAAACCCCGAAGACUGACUUUUGGAAGAGCAUUUUACAACUAGCUGUGUAUGCCAAGAUUCAAAAAAUACAUUGUAUUUUCCCUUAGUUUAUAAUUUUUAUAU